CUAAUCAUGCAACCAAUCAGUCGAUCGAUCAAACAAUCAAUCAAUUAAUCACUUCAUCAAUCGAUCAACCAUUCAAUCAUACGUGAUGACACAGAGAGUCAGACAUGGCAACGCGAAUCUGCCCCCUUCUGUUUAUCGUUUUCUGGGUCGUGCUGCUGGUGACGUACAUAUGUUCUCGAUCGCCUGGACGAAACGGUUACCUGGAGGAGCGCGGAGUGCGGCUCGCGCCGGGGCUGACUGGACGUCUGAGAACGACACGUGGCAUUUUGAUUUCUGAAGAUGGGGAAGGAGAAGAGGCGUAUCGGCAGCAGGAGGGGGGGGCGCAGGGACAUCAACAGCUCCAUGAAAAGGACAAUUUUGGAAGAGAGUUGGAACAGCAGGGGCAAAUGGAGAAUGAUGGUCUGCUACACGGUACAGGGAAGGGCAGUGACGUGGCAAUCGGCUUAUUCGUGGGCCAUAGCGAGGAAGGGGAUGGGUUGGGGAAAGCGCAGCAGGGUGGGGGAGGGGGCCUCUUGGAACUACCGUUUCCUCCGUUAGGGGUAGAAUCAAGGGCAGGAGGAGGAGGAGGGGAAGGGGGGGGAGGAGGAGGAGAAAGAAAGGGGAAGGGAGUAGGAGGAGGGAAGAAAGGAAGACGACCACUCGCAUGUGUGCAUAAUUGGCGCUAUGAAAUUUGCGCAGCGGUGGGAACUGUGCAGGUGGACUUGGCGCGGCAGCUUGUGAUAGUGAGGGGGGAGGGUGGUGAUCAAGAUAGGGAGGGUGGGGGAGGUAGUAGCGUAUUUAUCAGGUCAUUAAAUAGCAGUAGUAAGGUGAGUGGAUGGAGUGAUGGAAACUGGGGUACGUCGUCUUGGGCCGAAGGUGCUGGCGAGGGGUCAGUGGACAGGCGAUCGUCGCAGGGGGUGGGGAGGGGGAGUAGCGAUGGAAGACGAGGUCUGGAGGUCGUGGUAGUGGGCAAACACGCUGGAGGAGGAGGAGGAGGAGGAGGAGAGGAAAGGGUGUGGAAGAAGGGCUCCUACUCCGAUCCCUGCAGGAGGAGGUCUGGUGGCCGACAAGAGGGUAGUCGAGUAGAAUCGUCAAGAUCUUCCAAUGUGGAGGUGACUGCGCUCGUCGUCCCUCUACCUGAUGGCAUAGGGUCGGGAAACUACUACAGAGAUUUUAGUGAUGUCAUCAUUCCUCUCUAUCUGACCACGGAAAUGUACCAAUUGGAUGGACACGUGGAUCUUGUUCUCGUCAAUGCCAAUCAAGUGUUCGUUGAUCGGUACUCAAAGCUGCUGGGCGCCAUAACGAAGCGGAGGAUUACCUGGUACAUCAAAUCGGACGCAGAAUCUGAACGGCCGGGCCAACAACCGCAGCGGACAGGAUCUGCUGCCACGGGGCGCAGCAGCAGGAGGAAGGUAGUAGAACGGCAAAGUAUUGGUCAAUCUGAAGGUGUCAGGGGACUGAAGCAGUAUGGAAAGGCAAAAUCUACUCGUUUACCUGAGUCCACGCGAGUGCUUCUCUCCUCCUCCUCCUCCUCCUCCUUGUCCUCUUCCUCUUCCUCUUCCUCCUCAGCUUCAUACUUAACGUCGCGGUCGAGAAGGUUGAGCACUUCUUCGUCGUCAUCUUCAUCAUCAUCCUCGGCGGUCGUGAUCAGGAGCACGGACAGGACGGGGACGACGUUGUGUUUUCGGCGCGCAGUGCUAGGGGUGAUGACGCAUGGGUCGUUAUUCGUGCGAGCGGACUGGGUGGGGGGAAGGGAGGGGAAGAAGCCGUCGCUGGAGGAUCUGAGGAGGAAGUGGGGGGCGGCGCUUGGGGAGAGGGUUCUUUCGCGCAGGUGGAACGACCGCAGAUCUUCCGCUUUGCGACUAGGACUAAUCAGGAGCUCGAGAUUUGGUCUCCAUGUGGAGAGGGAGGAGUAUGACGUUGGGGAAACCGCCGGUGCCCACGCCAUUGUCUCCUCCUCCUCCUCUUCUGGCACUUCUUCGACUUCCUUUUCCACAACUCUUGCUGCUCUUGCCACUUCCGCUUCUGCUUCUUCUGCCCCGUUGAUCAAUAUGGACGGCGAGAAGGUUUUCUUGACCGAAGCCCGACGUUAUGGGUUCCUUCCCGAGAUCAUCGUCGUAGAUAACCAUCUUCCUGUCAACGAACUCUUCAAGAAGAUGCAAGACUUGGACGUUCUGGCGGGAAUCAGCUCCCCCGAGCUUGUUCAUGCUCUCUUCUUGAGACCUAAUUCUCUCCUCAUGCAGAUCGUCCCCUUUGGCUGCGAUGCCAUGAAGUGGAACUACAAGGCAGCGGCUCUAAAUCACUUGAAGUACUUAGAGUACGUAGCCACAAGCAACGACACCACGUUGAAGUGGAAGUUUAACUCUUCUUCUUCUUCUUCUUCUUCAUCAUCAUCUUCUUCUUCUGCCUCUUCUCCUCCCCCUUCCUCUCCUUCCCCUUCUUCCUCCUCGUCGCGGGCGUCGUCUUCUUCUUCCUGGUUGAGACGACCCGUGUUGCAAAGGGAGUGGAAUCCUAUCAUGACGAAUCCUGGCUGGAUGUGGAGGCAUGACUCACGUCGUGCGGCGCAGAUUUAUCUCUCGCACAAUGUAAUUUUGCACAUUGAUACGAUCCGCGAUUUGCUGAGGCAAGCGAAGCAGAGGCUUGUCACUGAGCACGACUUCAUCCUUCGCCGUUUAUAUAAGAGGAGGAGGAAGAGGAGGAGGAGGAGGAGAAGUCGAAGUUGAUCGGUGAAUUCGGUCGAUCAGCUCGUUGCUCGGGAAACCCUCGUCCUCUUUCCUCUCUAUCUCCCUCUCUCUCUCUCUCUCUCUCUCUCUCUCUCUCUCUCUCUCUCUCUCUCUCUCUCGCUCGCUCGCUCGCUCGCUCGCUCGCUCGCUCUCACUCGCUCUUCCUGUUUGUCGCAUUUGGGCCGCUCCUCCCCCGUGUGUCUCCUUCUUCCCUUUGGCGUCUGUUUGCCUCGUGUAGUCCUGUUUUUUAGAUCGCAGCGAUCUUUGAACAUGUCACUAGUAGUUUGCGUACGGAUGCAAAUUGCCCACGAUACGCAUUUGAUUGGUUAGUUAGUUGGUCAUUAUUCACGAUGAUUUGUUUUCAUGUUUGCUCAACAAGUAAUCACCUCCCCCCUAAGUUGGGGUGGAUGGAGUUUCGUUUGGCAUUCUGGCGGGUAAGCUUUAUGCGUCUCUUUGGCCUUGCACAG